AUGGGUUGCUGUGCAACAAAUAAUAAUUAUAGUUAAUAAUUACACCUUAUCAGAUAUUAAACUUUUACAGAGUUUGAUAUAAAUUAUCCAGAAAGUUUGUUAGAAUAAUUUAAUAAAUAGCUUAAUGAGUUAUUAAUCAUAAAAGAUGAGAUGAACAAAUUUAUCACAACUUCAGAUUUUAGUGAGGAGGAUUAUUUAAUAACAUGCAAGAAUUUUUUCGAUAGGUAUUUUACUUUGUUAAAGACAUAUCAUUCUUAAAAAACAAUAGAGGAUUAAAUAAUUAUUGAGCAAUUAGGAAAAAUGCGUGAAUUUAUCUCUAAUCUAUAAAAUGAGAUUAAGUCAGUCGAUAGAGAUUUUGAAAGAUGGGAAUAAGAAUUCUUGGUUAACUUAAAUUGUCUCGAACAAGAAUCAGGAGAAUUAGGGGAAUUUUAUAUUACAGCAAAGAAUGAGCAAAAUUUAAUAAAAAUAAUUUCCGUUUUAGAUAAAUUUGAUGAUAAAGUAUUAGACUUUCAUUAGGUUUGGCUUUAAGAUUAGAUAUCAGAAUUACGAGAGAGAUUAUUUAGACAAAGUGAAUAAGUUAUAGUAAAUUAUUCAAAUUAUUUAAUAAAUUAUAUGAAAACUGGAAAUGAUAAAAAUUUAUAUAAAAAUUUAUAAGAAAUAUCUAAGUUAAAUGAUAUAAAGGCAAUUGAGUAAUUAGGAUAUAGAUUAGCAUAAUAAUUAUUACAUUUAAGAGAAAACUAAUAAGAUAUAUUAUUUAAAUCUGAAUUUUUAGAUAUGGCAUAUAAAUUAUAAUAAUGUUUUACAUAGAAUUAUGACAAAUAUAUUAUAUAACCAAUUAUAUAAUAAAUGGAUGAUUUUUUGAUUUAAGAAGAAAUUUAAUUGUCAUCUUUGACUAUAUUAUUAGAAGCAUUUGGAUUAGUAAAGAUGGAAAUAUUUGAUUAAGAGUUUUAUUGUUUUCAUAUUCAUAAAGCUGAGGCAUGUAUAAAAAAUAUGAAAGAAAUGUAAUAAAAUUUUGAAUAAACAUUUACUAAAUAUUAAAUGCAAUUUUUAACUAAAUAAAAAUAGAAUUUAUAACAUGCUUUAUAAGUAUUUGAACCUUAUUAUCAAUUAUCAAUGAAGAAGAUAUCAUAAAAGAUAGCUGAAUAAAUAAAUUAAUAUUUUUCAAGACUUGAAUGUAUAACUUUAUUAUUGAAUGCUAAAAAAAGAUAAGAAUAAAAACUUUAAGUUUUCAUUUAAAAUUAUGGUUCAAGAUGUUCUCAAGAUUUAUUAGAACUUUAAAAAAAUUCAAAUAAAUUUUUAGAUCUCAAAGGUCUCAAAUUAAAUCAAUCUACAGAUUAAGUUACUUAAAUGAUACAAGAAUAUUAAAUUUCAUUUUAGAAAAUGCAAUAGCUCUACUUAUGUAAUUUAGGAGCUCUUAUAACUAAAGAAGCAGAUGAAAUAUCUUAAUUAACAGAAGAUAAACCUAAUGAAUAAAAGAAAAGAAUUGAUAUAUUAAUAUAAAAUAUAGAUGUUGCAAUUUUGAAUGCUAAAAAUAUUAUGAUAAAAACAGAAGAUACAGAUUUAAUUGAAAAAUAAUUAAUGAUGGCACUUGAUAAACUUAUUUAUAAUAAAGAUUAAAAAAAGAGAGCAUCUUAAUUAAGUGAUUAUGCAUUAAAAUAAAAAAAAUAAAGAAAAUCAACAACUGCUUUAAAUUCACCUAAUUCGGAAACAAAUAAUAGUAAAUAAAUUAGAUAAAGUACUCCAAAAAGUAUUAUUGUAACAACUUCUAAUAAUAAUUAAGAAUUAGAACCAUGGGCUAAAUUAAAAAGAAUUCCAUUAAAAAUAAUCAGUUAAUGUGGUAAGUGUGAUAAUUAUGCUUCAUAUUAAGUUAAACAUGAUUUAUGUUAAACUGAUUACUUUUUGGAUAUGAAUGGGUUUGUUAGAUGUUCGAAGAGAUUAAUUUCAUCUCCAAAAGAGAAAUCUUGCAAACUUAAACAUAUUACUGAUCAAAUAUUUGUUUGUCCAUAUUGUAAAGGAAAAUUUUAAUUAAAUUAGUUUCAUAAAUUCAUCUAAGCAAUUAUAAAGGGCUUAGAUUAUAGUAAUUUACCAUUUGAAUCUAAAGAUAUCUUAUUAUUUUUUAGAAGAGUUUACGAAGACUUUUCGAAAAUCUAUUAUAAUUACUAAGUUCAAUAAUAGAAAUCUAUAUCAGAAUCUCCUAAUAAAUGA